GGUUUUCAAUAACAUUCUAAAAUUUAAAUACCAUGUUUUUUUUAAUGUAGAAUUACAAUUCUACGUCUUCUGUUAUUACUACAUACAAAUUGCACCGCCUUUUCUCCCUUUUCCCUUUAUAUUACUAUAAUAAUUUUCAUUUAUCAAGUUAACCAUUAUGAAUAGUGACUUGAACAAAGGUGGAAAGGUUGUAACAUAAUGAUGAAACAAAGUACUGUACUUUCUUUAACCGCCUCUUGAUUCUCGUGAGUUUGUGUUUUCUUUAUUAAGAGGAAAAAGGAUUCUCUUUGGGGGACCCCUUCAUAAUGCAAAAUCCGAACCGUUGGUUCUAUUUAAUGUGUCCCUUAAUGUGUGUGAUGGUGUCUUCAUCUGUAUUCCUCUAACUGAAUUCGCCCUAAUAUUUUGUACAUAUAGUAAUUGGGGACACUCCUGUUUUAAAGGGUAAUCUGGAUUUGGUUCUUGCCCAUGUCAGAACUGGACUUUGGUCCUGCCCUUUAGUUACGUCAUCACCGCUGCUGUAACCGCGAGCCAGAGCAUCACUCCGCAUCAUUAGCAUGUUAGCUUCUGCUAACUCUACCCUUGCACCGUUACCGCAACACGAACAACUGCCGUAAGUGAGCUGUCAGGCUGACGAAGAUGGGGUCUGUUUGGAAUUUACACAAUAACUGCGGCCACUUCGGUUGGACCGAGCGAGUGAGGCGCCACUGAUGCCAGGUGCAGGCUGCAGCUGAGAACACUCAGGAUGAGUGGGGCUGCAGAGCACACAGACAUCCUGUCAGUGACAGACGUGGUCAGGGACAGAUGGAAAGUGUCCAGGAAGAUUGGUGGAGGUGGGUUUGGGGAGAUCUACGAGGUCCUGGAUCAGCUGAGUCAGGCCACCGUUGCCUUAAAGGUGGAGUCAGCUCAACAGCCCAAACAGGUGCUAAAGAUGGAGGUGGCAGUGCUGAAAAAGCUGCAAGGCAAAGACCAUGUGUGCCGCUUUGUAGGCUGCGGCAGGAAUGAUCGUUUCAACUACGUGGUGAUGGAGCUCCAGGGAAGGAAUCUGGCAGAUUUGCGUAGAACCAUGGCUCGUGGUACCUUUUCUGUCUCUACGACUUUGAGACUUGGCAGGCAGAUUUUGGAAGCCAUUGAAAGCAUCCAUUCCGUAGGCUUCUUGCACCGUGACAUUAAACCAUCUAAUUUUGCAAUGGGACGAUUAGCCAGUACUUGCAGAUGCUGCUAUAUGCUCGAUUUUGGUUUGGCCCGUCAGUUUACUAACUCAAGCCAAGAAGUCCGUCCACCUCGUCCUGUUGCAGGAUUCAGGGGUACUGUCAGAUAUGCGUCAGUCAAUGCUCAUAAGAAUAAGGAAAUGGGUCGACAUGACGACCUCUGGUCCCUCUUCUACAUGCUGGUCGAGUUCACCGUUGGUCAGCUUCCCUGGAGGAAAAUCAAGGAUAAAGAACAAGUAGGAAACCUUAAAGAGACGUAUGACCAUCGACUCAUGCUGAAGCACCUUCCUUCUGAGUUCAGUACUUUUCUGGACCACAUCAUGACCUUGGACUACUUCACCAAACCCGACUACCAGCUGCUGAUGUCAGUGUUCGACAAAGCAAUGAAGAGUCAUAACGUGCUCGAGAAUGACUCCUACGACUGGGAGAAGUGCGAUCCUGAGGAUAUGCUGAGCAUCACUGCUGCGGCGAACACCGCUCAGCAGCUCACUCGCCUCACGCCAGCAUACCUAGGCAUGGCUAAUGCCUCGGUGCUGCCUGGCGAGCUGCAGAGGGAGAACACGGAGGAUGUCCUACAAGGAGAGCGUCUCAGUGAUGCAGACAAUUGCCCCCCCAUCCCCACUCCCACCACCCCUGGUGGAGAUGUAUGGGAAGAGAUGGACCGCAACCGAAACCAUAAACAAGCCCAGCAGGUCACAAGGAAGGUGGUGAGUGAGGAUGAACACAGCCAGAACCAGGGGAACCAGAGUCCCAACACUGGCUCUGUGCAGAGUUCUCCUAGAAGAGUGAGAUCAGAAACCAUGUUCUUGGAUCGGGCCGCGCCCCUGCUCCGGAGGAUGAGACACAGUCAGAGCUUAGCCUUCGAAAAGAGACUUGCACCUGAACCCAAGCCCACUAUCGAACGCUUCCUUGAAGCCUACCUGGGUAAACAGCGUCCAGUCCUUUCUCAAGUUGGAGAGAAACCCAUCUCAGAGAGAGGAGCUGGGCAGCAGAUGCCUUCCUGCAAGGAAGACAACUGUGGAACUGCAACCCCUGACCCUGAGGAGGGUGCUGCCAGCAGCGGUUUUGUGGCUGUAAACCUCAGCCCCGCACCUCAAGAGGGAGACUCACAGGAGUGGGUGAUGCUGGAGCUGGAGCAAGGCAGCGGUUCUGGAGGAAGCAGAGCUCUGGGAGAAACCAAGCAGGAGGACAAACCCGGUCCUCACACAGAGACGGAGAAUCAAACAUCUGAACAACAGGAAGGUCAGUCGUCUGCAGCACCGAGCAGCCCUGUGCUGUCCCAGAUGGGCAUGCCCGGCACGUGGUUACUGGGCCACCGUAGGUUACCAGGCAUGCUGGGACAGAUGCCCUCUGUCAUCAUGGGGAGACCUCAGAUGGACCAGAGCUCCAGCUGUGUGCUCCGGUCACCUGUACAAGAGAGAAGUGAUGCAAUACCAAUGGAGGCUCCUUGUAGUAAAUCUGACAGACUCACAGAUGAGAUUAUAAAAGAUGGAGGGAAGCUGGAGUUGGCUUACACACCAAGCCCAACCAAAGGCCCUGCUGCUCACCUGACCAACGACAGAGACCCAGAGAGUGAUUCUGGUCUGCCUGACCGCUCCUUAGACCCCAACCAGCAGCCCCAGGCUGACACAGUGGGAGGCGCCAUGGAGAGCACUGUUACCGUUUCCUCCUCUCCACCUCCGACUUUGCUCAGACGCAGAGACUCUGCUUUGUCCCCAAAACUGAGCAGAAUCCCAGUCCGAGACCCCAGCACUCCUGUGGACUUUGUGGGCAGGGACCUGAACUUAGAGAGGCGUCACCGCUGGAGUAGCCCGGUGCCCGGCUCACCCACCCACUCACCUUCUCCUUCACUGUCCUGUGACAAUCUGCCCUGUGCUCUGCCCAGAGACAGGCUGUCCUCAGAGCGAGGCUCCAGGUCUGAGGGCGUUGGAGAAGACCCUCUGUCUUUGUCCUCUUCAUCAGGAAGUAGAAGUAAGAUCCCACGUCCCGUGAGCGCCACCUUUGUACCCGAGCAGCUCGCAACCAGGUUUCUGCCUCGGCCGCCACCAGGGAAACCACCGAUCCGUCCAAGCGAGAGCAGCAGACGACGGCGGCUGAGAGUACGCGCCAGCAGCACUAGCGACGCAGACUUCCUGGCCAGUCUGACGCAGCUGAUGCAGGACCGUAGCGGGAUGCUGUUCAGCCCGCCACCCCGCCCUCGCAGCUCUUCCUCCUUGCAGCGCUCUCUCAGCUCCUCCCCGUCCCGCCAGGAACUGCGCGAUGGUGUCGCAAUGCCAGCUCGCAGCCGCUCUCCUUCUAGCUUGUCCGGAUCCCCUCCUCCUCGGUACGCUCACCUGCAGGACGGCCCUGGCAUUCAGAGUCAGUGGGUUCACUGCGCCAGAGGGAGACGUCUGAUCCACGAAGGAAAAGGUUCCGGGAGUCGAUGACUGCGAGGUCGCCUCACCUGCAGCCACUGAUAGCAUGUGUAAAUACAGUAUUUACUCGAGGGAAUGUACUGUAUGUAAAUGUAAAAUGUAUGAUAAAUUGUAUUUAUUUAUUUAUUCAUCUAUUGGAUGCGUCUUAAACGAGAAAAAAAAAAACUUGACAGGGUUUGCUGGAUGAACUGCUAUGAAUUCAAAAAGAUGAAGAUUGCCAACUGUGACCUCUCGUCUCACCAGAACCCCAACACUCUAUGUAGGCCUACGAAGAGACCAAAACGAUGUUAAAUAGUCGACGGAUGUACAAAUGACUCUAACUGUAGAUACUGUAACAUCAGGACAAUAGUAUACACUAAUAGGAAACCACUUAGUUUCAGUAGAAACACUAACAGCGAUCAUGACUAGAAGCAGAAAAUCAGCAUUAGCUUCCAUGACCAUCAGCUUAGAGCCCAGAGUGACCUCACUCCUUUAGACCUGUCCAGUUAGGACUCGUAAGGAUGAACUGCUCCUGUGGGCAGAUCAGUGUUGUAGUGUGAUCUUACUUUGCUAGAAUCUACUCGUCAUGCAAGCGUCGGCAUAUUAGAAUGUAAACGUGUUUGCACUCAUGCUUCAGUAUUGUACAAGUGCAUGAGAAUCAAUGCAAGUAUCUGUUUUUUGUAUUCAUUUGUACAAUGAUUUAAAGCAUUUGUUUUUAUUGAAACUGCAUCUGUUCACAAAACACUACAUCAUGUACCGUUGAAGGAAAGACAACAAUAACAAUCAAAAUAAUGUUAAUUUUUGUUUGCCACAAAAACAUCCUAAACAGGCCGAUUAAAAAGGGAACAUUUUCAUCAUGACAGUAUGUUGUUAUAUUUUAUUUACAUAAAAAACUUGAAUGAAAAAUGAAA